AUGUUGCCCAACCCCAUCCCCACAAACUCCAAGCAGACUCCUCCCCUUGUCAACUCAUUCAAUAUCAUAGGAAAGAUGACUGUCAAUCAAAAUGAGUACGAGCUGUUGAAGGUUUCCUUCUCCCAUCAAGGACUCAUAGGCCGUGGAACAGUGUGCUACCUGGAUGAGUACAUUAUUAAGGAUCACUGGGUGACGGGUGGCAAGGAUGUUGUCUUGAACGAGGUGAAGAUGCUAGAAGCUCUAAAAGGUGUCCCAGGUGUUCCGAGACUUGUGGAAUAUUGGCUGGUUGAGAUGGUGCCAGACCAAGUUGACAAUACACAAUCAUAUCGCCAGAAGAUCCAUAGUAGUACAGCAGGCAUGUAUCGCACACAUAUCCAUCUUGUCCUGAAACCCCGGGCUCGUCCUUUGCACGAGUUUCGAAGCAGGAAAGAACUUGUCAAAGCAUUAUGUGAUAUCAUGCUUGUUCAAAAGUGUGCGGUCGAAAAGCACAAUAUUUUGCACAGAGACUGCAGUCUUAACAAUAAUAGCAUGAUAGAAGACACCGACAAUGGCAGUCGAGGGGUGUUGAUAGACUGGGAAUUCACGGCGUGUAUCACAUCAGACAAUCUGUACUCUGCUGGAGGAACGACAAUGGCAGAAGAGCGGAAAAAGGCCAUGGACUCCUCCACCCGCCAGGAGGUACCCAAAUUCAGGCAUACCUACCACAACGACCUUGAAUCUGUGUUUUAUGUCUUUGCCUGGAUCUGCAUCAUGUUUAAAGGGCCUGGUGGUGAAGAGCACCACCUUGAAGACAUAGACAGUGAUCUCAAAAGGGCGGACAUUUGGCUGCCACAGUAG